AUGGGAAUAUCAAGACGCCCGAAGAACAAGGGCGCCGGUGCAGCCGCCGACGGCGCAAGCGGAGGCGCGAAGCCCAAGAAGGCCACCUUUGAGACAACCAAGAAGAAGGAAAUUGGUGUUUCCGAUCUGACUCUACUGAGCAAAGUAUCUAACGAAGCCAUCAACGAGAAUCUGAAGAAGCGGUUCGAAGGGCGCGAGAUUUAUACCUACAUUGGCCAUGUGUUGGUCUCUGUUAACCCUUUUCGAGACUUGGGCAUCUACACCGAUGAAGUCCUUCAGAGUUAUAUGGGCAAGAAUCGACUAGAGAUGCCUCCCCACGUUUUCGCCAUUGCUGAGGCCGCAUAUUACAACAUGAAGGCGUACAGCGACAACCAGUGUGUCAUUAUUUCAGGAGAGUCCGGUGCCGGCAAGACGGAGGCGGCAAAGCGCAUUAUGCAGUACAUCGCUAGUGUGUCUGGUGGAGAAUCAGGAGAUAUCAAGCAGAUCAAGGACAUGGUGCUGGCAACCAACCCCCUACUCGAAUCCUUCGGAAACGCAAAAACGCUACGAAACAACAACUCGUCAAGAUUCGGAAAGUACCUGCAAAUUUACUUCAACACACAGGGUGAGCCUGUGGGUGCCGACAUCACAAACUACCUCCUCGAAAAAUCGCGAGUGGUGGGCCAGAUUACAAACGAACGAAACUUCCAUAUCUUCUACCAAUUUGCCAAGGGUGCCUCGCAACAAUACCGGGAGACGUUUGGUGUUCAAAAGCCCGAGACCUACGUCUACACCAGCAGGUCAAAAUGCUUGGACGUCGACGGCAUCGACGACCUUGCCGAGUUCGAAGAUACGCUCAAUGCAAUGAAGGUUAUUGGCCUUUCCCAGCCUGAGCAAGAUCAGAUCUUCCGAAUGCUCUCAGCUAUCCUAUGGAUUGGAAACAUUCAGUUCCAAGAGGACCAGGGCGGUUACGCUGAAGUCACAGAUAGGUCUGUGGUUGAUUUCGCCGCUUAUCUGAUGGAGGUUACCCCCGAUCAGCUUAUCAAGGGCAUCACAAUCCGCAUAUUGACACCUCGAAACGGUGAGGUUAUCGAGUCCCCUGCCAACCCCGCCCAAGCGCAGGCUACUCGAGACGCCUUGGCAAUGGCCAUCUACAGCAACCUCUUCGAUUGGAUCGUCGAACGUAUCAAUAAGUCUCUCAAAGCUCGGCAACCAACCACCAACACCAUUGGUAUUCUAGAUAUCUAUGGAUUUGAGAUCUUCGAGAAGAAUAGUUUUGAACAGCUAUGCAUCAACUACGUCAACGAGAAGUUGCAGCAAAUCUUCAUCCAGCUAACUCUAAAGGCCGAGCAGGAGGAGUACGCCAGGGAACAGAUUCAAUGGACCCCCAUCAAGUAUUUCGAUAACAAGGUUGUUUGUGAUCUCAUUGAGCAGAUUCGACCUGUCGGUAUCUUUUCCGCCAUGAAGGAUGCCACCAAGACUGCGCACGCUGAUCCUGCUGCCUGUGAUCGUACCUUCAUGCAGAGUAUCAAUGGCAUGUCGCACGCUCAUCUCACCCCACGACAAGGAAACUUCAUUAUCAAGCAUUACGCCGGUGAUGUCACAUACACUGUUGAAGGUAUCACGGAUAAGAACAAGGAUCAGCUUCUGAAGGGUCUACUGGCCCUUUUCCAACACAGUGGAAACGAAUUCGUCCACACCCUGUUCCCCCGUCCUGUCGAUACAGAUAACCGAAAGCAACCUCCCUCUGCAGGCGACCGUAUCCGAGCGUCCGCUAAUGCUCUUGUUGAUACUCUGAUGAAAUGUCAGCCUUCUUACAUCCGUACCAUCAAGCCAAACGAGAACAAGUCGCCAACAGAAUACAACGGUCCCAACGUUCUCCAUCAGAUCAAGUACCUUGGUCUGCAGGAAAACGUCCGCAUCAGACGAGCUGGUUUCGCAUACCGUCAGGACUUCGACAAGUUUGUCGACAGAUUCUUCCUUUUAUCACCUGCUACUUCUUAUGCUGGUGAAUUUACUUGGGAGGGCACUACAGAGGCUGCCGUGAAGCAAAUCCUUAAGGACACUAGCAUUCCCAAGGAAGAAUGGCAGAUGGGUGUCACAAAGGCGUUUAUCAAGGCUCCCGAGACGUUGUUCGCUUUAGAACAUAUGCGAGACAGAUACUGGCAUAAUAUGGCUACUAGAAUCCAGCGAAUGUGGAGGGCGUAUCUCGCCUACCGAGCCGAAUCCGCCACGCGAAUCCAGCGAUUCUGGCGCAAGAAGCGAACUGGAGCUGAAUAUCUCCAGCUCCGUGACCAUGGUCACCAGGUACUUGGAGGCCGCAAGGAAAGGCGCCGUAUGAGUCUGCUGGGUUCUCGACGUUUCCUAGGUGAUUACCUGGGUGUCAACGCAAGCACUGGCCCUGGCGCUCAGAUCCGUGGUGCCGCUGGCAUUGGUUCCAACGAGAAGGCGGUAUUCUCAUGCCGUGGUGAAAUUUUGGAGGCGAAGUUUGGUCGUUCCAGUAAAGCCAGCCCUCGCAUUAUCGUUAUAUCCAACAGCAAAUUCUAUAUCAUUGCUCAGAUGCUUGUCAAUGGCCAGCCGCAAAUCACCGUGGAGAAAUCAGUUCCUCUGGGAGCCAUCAAGUUUAUUGGUGUCUCAUCAGCUCGCGACGACUGGUUCUCUCUGGGUAUAGGAUCGCCGCAAGAGGCUGACCCCCUGAUGAACUGCAUCUUCAAGACUGAGAUGUUUACUCAGAUGCAGCGAGUGAUGCCGGGUGGUUUCAACCUCAAGAUCGCUGAGACGAUCGAAUACGCCAAGAAGCCUGGCAAGCUGCAGCAAGUCAAGGUGCUAAAGGACUCACAAGUCCCAGCCGAUUACUACAAGAGUGGUGCCGUGCACACUCAGCCUGGCGAGCCACCAAGCUCGGUCUCGAAGCCCACGCCUAAGGGCAAGCCUGUGCCUCCUCGUCCUAUUACUCGCGGUAAGCUUAUCAAGCCCGGAGGACCGAAUGGUAGACCAUCUCGCAUCCAGGGCAACCGAGCCGCCAAGCCCCGUCCAGGGGGUGCGCGGGCUGUUCCUCCGCCGCCAGCUGCUGUUUCUGCCGCUGCUUCUAUUCCUGCUGCAGCUCCAGCUCCUGCUGCACACAAUCCUCUCCCAAGCCAUGCCAAAGCGGCCAGCGCUGCUGGACGCGCACCGCCUCCGCCCCCGCCUCCUGCCGCCCCAGCACGACCACCAAGUCCACCUAAGGUGAUGGCCAAGGUCCUGUACGACUUUGCUGGUCAACGAGAGAAUGAGCUCUCGAUCACCGCGGGUCAGAUAGUCGAGAUUGUGCAGAAGGAGAGCAAUGGAUGGUGGUUAGCUAAGAACCCCCAGACCGCACAGCAGGCUUGGGUUCCUGCUGCAUAUGUCGAGGAACAGGCUCCCCCAGCACCUCGAGCACCUCCUGCUCCUCCACGAUCCAAGCCAACACCACCUGCGCCCCCAGCCAAGCGCCCUGCUGCCGGCCGUAAGCCGGCCGAGCUCCAGCAGCGCGAUUCUGGCAUGAGUCUUAAUACGCCUAAUGGAUCCGACAGCCGCAGUAGCACCCCUACACCUAGUUUGGGUGGCAGUUUGGCCGACGCUCUGCUAGCCAGGAAGAACGCUAUGCAAAAGGAGAAGGAAGAUGACGACGACUGGUAG